ACAAACACUACACAGUACCUGUGCGAUCAAUUGUUGUACAGUACCCAGCUACAUUUGCUGGCAUGGAGCCAAAGAGAUGGACAACCAUUGAUUGCUGCAAUGACGGCCAGCUGAUUAGGCUCGCGUGGAUUGGCACGUACAGUGUGCUGAUGGUUUACAUGUGGCGGUGGCCAUGGCUAUAUCCGACCAAAAUAUUCGCAUACUUCGCACACGAAGCCUUCCGAUAUGGAGCAGCCAAGCUUACGUGUGGCCAAGUCGAAGCCAUCGACAUUCAUCCCGAAGAAGGGUCAGAAACGUCCUUUCAUGGAGGCGUUCCCGUUCUCGUGCAUGUUGCUGGCUACGUUGGGUCGUUAUGUCUUGGAUGCGUGUUUAUCGUGUGCAGUGCCCUGACCAUCCCUCGACUUGUAUGCGGAAGUGUCGUGGUCGUACUGUUGUUUGCAUUUACAUGCUGCUCGAACACGCGAUACCUACGCUCGAUAAACGCACUGUCGUUGACCGUAGCAGUGUCGGCGGCAGUAGCUUCGUAUGUUAUUCACCGUCCAGAGAUCAUCGAAGGUGGCGUUCUCUUCUCGGGGAUAACGCAUGCCCUCUUGUUCCUUGUGGACGCGUCCUCGAAUAGUUCCCGGGUGCAUCCAAGUGACUUUACGCUGUUUCGCAAAGCAUACGGGGCGGGAGUGGCGUUCAUGUGUGGGGGGGUGGUGUCGGUCCUCUCUUCACUCUCACUGUUUGUGUAUGUUUCGAUGGAGGGCAAUCGAGGGAGUCCUCCAGUCACGUCCUUUCAAGACAUGACCAAACCCGCGGCAGUCAGUUGGAUGGUGUUGCUAGCUGUCGUGGUAGUAGCCGCCAUCUCCAGCACCGUCAAAUGUUGCUGGUUGCCUCCGACAAGUCAACCUUAUUCAAGUGUGUAGCAUUCUAGAGAUUUCAACGAUGGUGAAUCAUAUGUUGAAGUAUUUGUCCUUGGAAUGCUCCAACAAUGGAGUACAGAACAACUCGAUUAAGACAAGUGCCAGUCCUGCAGCAGUCAUCUAGUUUUAUCGCUCUCUACGGCUACAGUUGGACCAGCUUAUUCGGCUGAUUGGAUCAUCCGGUGACCAUAUUGAUCCUUGUAAAACCGUUGAAAGGCAUCGCUUCGUUUCACCUGGCGCCACCACCAUUCGUUUUCCACAUACCAUCGCACGGACUUACUGACGGCUUCUCGGGGCGAAUGCGAUGGCUGCCACCCCAAUCGUCGGAGCUUGUCUAUAUUCAAACGGUAGCACAGGUCGUGGCCUGGCCUGUCUUGCACAUGUUGAAUGAGGUCUGUGGGCUUGUUCACAGACUCCAGCACCAGCUCCGCCAUGGCCAUGUUCGUCAUGGGAUUGCUCCCUGUCCCGACGUUGUAAAUUUCACCGACCACACCAUGAUGAAGCACCACGUCCACGGCUUCGCUAUGGUCCGCCACGUAUUGGUAUUCUCGCUGCUGAAGGCCGUCUCCGUACACUGGCAAAGACAAGUCGUCCAUGGCGUUGGUCGUGAAUAGUGGUACCACCUUCUCGGGGUACUGGUACGGACCGACGUUGUUGGACGCUCGUGUGAUGGUCGCGGGAAGCCCAAACGUGACAAAGUACGACACCACGAGCAGGUCGGCGCUGGCUUUGCUGGCAGCGUACGGACUUCGAGGGUCCAACCUGUCAGUUUCAAC